CUGCUCUCGCUUUGCACCUUAAAAUCUGCACAGACUAAAACAGCGAGUGCAACUUGCUUUGUGUCUUUCCAUUUGAGUUGUCGAGGGUGCGUUUAGAUUUUACACACGGCGUUCCAGGAGCUGUCCUAAGGCGGCAGUCUGGUUGCAGGGCUGAGUAGGGAACCGCCAGGUGUGUCGGGAAGGUGCCAACUCUUUCUACAAAGCAGCAGUCUUUUCCAUCACCAAAUGCAAAGCAGCCAGACGUUUUUCCACCCUCACCCUCCAGUCCCCGGCCCCCCAUCCGGCGCCGGGAGGUAGGACCGGCUGGGAGGCGUUAACUAGCCCUCUGCUCUUUUACCCGACCCCAGAGGCGGCUGCUGUUCCUAGCAGAGCCAUCUGGCUGGUCUGCACUAGACAGGCAAGCUUCGAGCUGACCCAGGGCUUGUUCCAAGCCCAGGCUGGGCUGGGGCAUCCGGGAAGCGGAGGGAGUCAGUCUAGGAACCUCAAGUGUGAGCAGUGGAGAGGCUGGUGGGCAAGGCUCAGCCUCUGAUGGGAGGGGAGGCCAGAGCCUAGCUGCUAGCACGCAGUGUGUGUCCUGGCUGCAGACGCCUGGCUCGGUCCGCUAGUGCGCCUCCACCCCUGGCACCGAGGCUGGGAGUUGGCGAAACUCCCUCACCUGUCGGAACCCGGAUCUGGCAGCGGGAAGGGUCUGGCAGCCGGCGCCUGCUGGUUACAGCAAGCUUGGCAAGUGGCCCUGCCUGCACUAGGGGCGCCUCGGCCAAGGAGGCAGGUGUGAGGCUGCUCCGCACCCUAGCCUCUUCGCAGGUCCGUCGUUCUCCUUUGUCCCCAGGCACCAUCAGGUUGGGGUAGGCCUAGGGGCAACUCCUGCAGACUCCAGGACUGUAGGUUCGAGACGCCCCGCCUCCUCCUGCCUCUUAGAGCGUCAGUGCUGGAGGAACCUUCCAUUCGGAGAGAGUCUACAGUAACUGCAGAGGUUUUCAGGACUUUGCAGGCAGAGACUCGCUGGUCCGUUGUCUGCAAGCCACGCCACGUCUGCUGCUAGCCUGCGACACCCCUAGACUCGGAGAGACUACUCUCCCAGCGGCACCGACACCCCAACUUUUGAUUCGCGGUCUGCGUUGCCUACUUGGGUGCCCAGCUACAGUGCCCGGGGGCGCGCAUCUUCUGGAGACGGCGCCGCUCACACAGCCCAGCUUGCUCUUCUUUCCCACAAGAGUGAGGGGCUGGGUGCCUGAUCCAGGACCACAGUAGCCCUCGGGCGGGAACUGCCUUCGAGAAAGGUUAAGCCCAGGAGCUCCGAGCCUCUUACUCCAAACCAUAGUCGGUUCAGGUGUUUUCUCUCCAAACCCUGCGCCUGGCGCGGAUCAUCCGCGCGGCUGGGCGGUGAGCGUGGGGUCCCUGUCGCCCCGUCGGAGUGGCAAACCAUGGCCGGCUGCUGCUGUCUGUCUGCGGAGGAGAAAGAGUCGCAGCGCAUCAGCGCGGAGAUCGAACGGCAGCUUCGCCGCGACAAGAAGGACGCGCGCCGUGAGCUCAAGCUGCUGUUGCUGGGAACUGGUGAAAGUGGGAAGAGCACUUUUAUCAAGCAAAUGAGGAUAAUCCAUGGGUCUGGCUACAGUGAUGAAGACAGAAGGGGCUUCACGAAGCUGGUUUACCAAAACAUAUUCACCGCCAUGCAAGCCAUGAUCAGAGCAAUGGACACCCUGAGAAUACAAUACGUGUGUGAGCAGAAUAAGGAAAAUGCCCAGAUCAUCAGAGAAGUGGAAGUAGACAAAGUCUCUGCACUCUCCAGGGACCAGGUGGCAGCCAUCAAGCAGCUGUGGCUGGAUCCGGGAAUCCAGGAGUGUUAUGACAGGAGGAGGGAGUACCAGCUGUCAGACUCGGCUAAGUAUUACCUGACUGACAUUGACCGAAUCGCCAUGCCCUCUUUCGUGCCAACACAACAGGAUGUGCUUCGUGUUCGAGUGCCCACCACCGGCAUCAUAGAGUACCCAUUUGACUUGGAAAACAUCAUCUUUCGGAUGGUGGAUGUUGGUGGCCAGCGAUCUGAACGACGGAAAUGGAUUCACUGCUUUGAGAGUGUCACCUCCAUCAUUUUCUUGGUGGCUCUGAGUGAAUAUGAUCAAGUUCUGGCUGAGUGUGACAAUGAGAACCGUAUGGAAGAGAGCAAAGCCUUGUUUAAAACCAUCAUCACCUACCCUUGGUUUCUGAACUCAUCUGUGAUUUUGUUCUUAAACAAGAAGGAUCUUUUGGAAGAGAAAAUCAUGUACUCUCAUCUAAUUAGCUAUUUCCCAGAAUACACAGGACCAAAGCAAGAUGUCAAAGCUGCCAGGGACUUUAUCCUGAAGCUGUAUCAAGACCAGAAUCCUGACAAAGAGAAAGUCAUCUAUUCUCACUUCACAUGUGCUACAGACACUGAGAAUAUCCGAUUUGUGUUUGCUGCUGUCAAAGACACAAUCCUCCAGCUGAACCUUCGGGAAUUCAACUUGGUGUAAAUGGUGUGGUGCACUCCUCCCAGACAGAGGGUGAUCUCAGCUCUUCCCACCUGUUCCACAAGUGCUUCUGACCACCUGGGCCAGGCUCCAAGGACAUUAUGUAGCCCAUAAGGACAGAGAUGGGUAGUGUAACUUGAAAGAUAUUUGCUUUACCAGCCCUUUUAAGUGUCUUUAAUUCUUGAUCGUCUUUUCUUUUCUUACUGUUUGGAUGUAAGGUUAGGCAUAAAUUUUGAGUUUGGUAGUUUUUAGAAUUUUAGAAGGCCACUGUGAUCCCCACACCCCGCUUUUUUUUUUUAAACUAUAAAUGUUCAACAGCUAUUAAAAAUCACAUGACUUCUAGGAUUAAUUUGGGUGACUAAAACAUCUUAAUAAGCAUGAUGGUUUUAAAUAAACCUUAAAAGACAUUUCUAACAUUUCUUCCCCUCAUCAAACAUUCUAUCACACAAUCAAAGACGUCUAUGCCCCACCUCCUUUGUUUUAAUUUUUUUCAUUUUAAAGAUAGGGUCUUAAGUAGCCCAGGCUGGCUCCCAGUUCACAUCUGGUAUAUAAUUGAGGAUGGCCUUGAUCCUCAUGCCUGGACUUCCCAAGUGUGUGUUGGAACUGUGGGUGUGUGCCACCAUGCUCAGCUUUUUUUUCCCUCCCUCUUUCUGUGACAGCAUCUCAACUAUCCCAUGCUGGUCUCAAACAUACUAUGCAGCUAAGGAUGACCUUGAAUUUCUGAUUCUCUUGUCUUCAUAUACAUAACCUAUUUAAAGCAGGAGAGUUUUCACUCUAUUGCUAAUUAUUCCUGACAUUAAGAGGUCUUAAACUGUAUGAUUUUGACAAUGAUAUUUACAGGUUAGUAAGUGUUGGAAUGUAUAUGCCACCACGGUCAGUUUAUGUGGUGCUUGGGAUGGAACCCAGGGCUUUGUGCAUGCUAGGCAAGCAUUCUGCCAACUGAGCUAUACCCCCAGCAAAGAUUUCUUUAAAAAAAAUUAGUUCAUGUCAACUUUCUAAGCCAAAUUAAUAUUAUCCCAAUAUCUAAUUUUGUCACAAUUUGGUGGUGAAGCCAACACUGAGAUAGAUGAUAAAUGGGCUCUAGAUAGUGCAUGUGUGUAUCUUAAUGCAUAUGGCCAGGUCUUAUAAACUUAUGGAAUGGCUAAAGCAUAACUUGUUUAACAAAUGUCAUGUAAGCCUUGCCAAAACUUUGAUGGUAAUCACAAAUCUGCUAUGUUUGAACUGUGUAUGCUGUGCCUUUCUGGAUAUUGAGAAUAUACUGUUCUACCAGGA